AUGACAGUUAGCGAUACAGAUAGUCAAGGAAAAGAAGCAAGUAAUGAGAAUAGUAGUAGUAAUAGUGAGAUAGAUGAAGAAGAUAGAAAGAAAAGAAAAUUACAAGACACUAGUUUAUCCCCCAACUCGAGAACACUUAAGGAAAAUAGUAUAAGAAAGAAGAAAUCUAAGACUAAGAAGAAAAAAAGAAUAGCAAUAGAAAAUGAUCCAAGAGCACCCUCAGGUAGUCCAAUUUUAUUAGUUAAUGAAAGUAAUAGAGAACAAGUAGCAGCAGCAAGAGAAACAACAACUAAGACCAGACCAGACACUCCGGCAGAUCCAUCAGCCAAAAAACAAAGAUUAUUUUCGCAUGUACCUUUACCCCCUCGAGCUACGAAUAGACGUCAGUUAGUACAGAUAGAGAAAGAAACAGUUAGUCAGUCAAAUGAACACUCACCCAUUGAAUUACCAAGAACACCACCUGAAAUAGUUGAGCCAUUCAGAUUAAGUCCAAGACAGAGCACACCGAGAACACCGAUAGCACCGCCAAUACCCCUCAGUUAUAGUCCUAAAAUAGUAGAAACAUCAAAUCAGGUAAGUGAGAAUAUUCCCCCUCAGUCAGUAAUAACAAUAGAAGAUGAACCAGCAGUAGUUAUGGAACAAGAUAUAGUUAGUCACUCUCCGUCAGUAGUACCCAAAGAGUCAGAUAUUAACAGAAUAGAUUUAUUUAAGUUUCCAAUUAUUCCCAUUGAGUGUCAGUUUCAUUUUAGAGUAUUCCAUAUAGCAGCAACUUCUGAGAAUAUUAAGGCACAUAGAGAAUUUUUAGAAAAGAAAUCAGCACAGCAGGAGAAAGACUUAGAACAGCUAAUGAGUACAUUUAGUAUAGAUUUACAGAGAAUAGUAGUUAAGUAUAUUAAAGAUAGCGUGGAGCCCCUGAUAGAUAGACUAAAUAGUUCCAACCAGAAAAGAUUAGAUAACUUACUCUUAGAUCAGAUGAGAGAAAAAGCAGUUAGAACAAUUAGAAAUAAGGCAGAUAAGAAUAGUUUAGAAUUAGUAGAAAAAACACAGAUAAAAUUAGAGAGAACAUUAGAAUUAAGAUUUCAGUUAGAUAAGUUAGAUAGAAGAUUAAAUGAGAACAUGCCCCCACCAGCUUUAAACAUCAUGGAUAAGUUACAAUUUCGUAGUAGAGAAUUAAGUAAUGAGAAUAAAGAACAGUAUAGUGAGCAAUGGAAUAGUAUAAUUAGAAAGACCAAAUUAGAUUUAACAUCAAUAAUGAGAAUAGCCAAGGUAGCAGAGAUAGAUAAGAGUAUUAAAGAACAUAGCGAAUUAAUUGAGAAGAUACCCGUAGAGAUUAGAAAAGCAUUUAAGGAUUUAGAACAUAUCAUAGAAAUAAGGCAUAAUAGAAGUGUACAAAAAAAGUUAGAUUUUUUAGAGAGAAAAGCGAGAGGAAUAAUAGAAAAAUAGCUAGAGGAAUAGAAAGAAGUAGUAGAGUUAAGAAUUUACAUCCCCAUUACAUCCCACUCGGAUUCCCCCCUCAGGUUAAUAAUAAAGUAUUAAGUUUAGCAGACGAAGAGCGUAGAAUUCUAAAUUAUGGCCCCAAAUUUGUACCAGCGAACCCCAAACAAGCGUUAGAUAGAUUAGAAAGUGAAAUUAGAAUAAUGAAAGAUAAGAUAGUAGAAGCAUGGAGGAGAGAAACUAGAACGGUAGGUCGGAACCCAAUAAUAGUUGAGAAUUUUGCCAAUAGAUUAGAAGAAGAAUUAAGAAGUAAGAUUAGUGAGGGAAAAGGGCAAGAUAAGUUAGUUGAGAAAACCUUAGAACAUUUUCAGAGUGAACAAAAAAAGGGAAGGGUUAUUUUCAGACAGACAGAUAAAUCAAAAGUAUUCCACGUAGAUAGACCUGAGACAUACAUUGAGAAAUCUAUAGCAUACAUGAAGAAGACAGACGCCUACCAAGAGAUAGAAAAAUCCCCAUUAGUUAGUAUGAUAGAAAAGACAGAACAGUUAUUGAGAGAUUUAGUUAAUAGAAAGUUAUUACCCGGGAAAUAUUUUGAGAAAUUAAAACCAAACCCCCUAGAUGCCGAGUUACCCCAUCUUUAUUAUAAUCCAAAAGACCAUAAGGUAGGAGAACCACUUAGACCAAUUGUUUCGGGAAUGAAAUCACCAACACAAAAAAUCUCAGCUUUUCUUGAUCAAAUUAUUCGCCCCAUUUUUGAUAGACUUACCCCGCAUAGUUUAAGAAAUAGUAUAGACUUUGUUAAAUUUUUAAAAAAACACGGAACAACAGACCAGACCCUUCUUUACACCUUUGACAUAACAGACCUGUACACCAUGAUCCCCCAACAAGAAUCAAUCUUAGCCAUUUGUGAGAUGUUAGGUGAGAAUAGAAUAAAUAAGGUUAACGGAGAAAUCCCCAUCAAUACAGUUAGGACCCUCUUUAGACAUGUCUUAGAAAAUGCGUAUUUUGCCCUUCAGUUACCAGGAGAGAAAGUUAAGUAUUAUAAGCAGAUUAGAGGAGGACCCAUGGGCUCAGAAUGUACCCAAGUCUUAGCAGAUGUUUAUAUGCGCAAAUGGGAGAAAAAUUUCAGGGAAAAACAACAACGAGAAGGAGAGUUAUACUUUAGAUUCCGAGACGACAUUUUUUUAACCACUAAGAAAAGUAAGAUAGAGAUGGAUAAGGAAUUAAUAGAAUUAGGUAAGAUAGAUAAGAAUAUAGGAUUAACUUUUGAAACAGGACCCCAUGUAGAUUACUUAGAUGUUAGAGUAGAAGUAGAAACACCCAAUUUUAGAACUAGAAUUUAUAGAAAGUUAGCAGCACAACCAUAUAUUUUACCUUUCAACUCAGCACACCCAUCCCAUGUUAUGAAAAAUAUACCCUUCUCAGCAAUUUUACGAGCAGUUAGAAUAUGUUCCCAUCGAGAUAAUUUAGAAGAAGAAAUAGAGAAAGUUAGAAUUACCCUCCUUUUGAAUAAGUACCCACCCAAAUUUAUAGACCAACAUUUUCGGAGAUUUUUUGAGACUCUAACAGGGCAGAGGGAUCCAAAAUUACUCUUAAGUGAACAGCAUAGUCAGUAUAGAGAUAAGGUCUUAGAAAUAGAAUGGAAUAAAAAAGAGAAACCCGGGAUUAACUUUAAUAGAGAUAUUUUACUCCACUUCACCUAUACACCCAACUUAGCACUUUUCGGGUCAAGAUUCCACCAAAUUUGGCAUGAGAUUUUUGAGGAUACACCACUUAGCGAUAUUCCCGUCAUUUUUGCCCAUAGAUUAACAGAUAAUUUAAAGAGUAUAUUAGUCCAUAAGAAACCCCCAAAAGCAGCGAUUAAAGCAUUAGUAGCAGAGUUAGAAUUAGAUGAGAACAAGAAUUAAGAAUAAGGUUUUUAGAAUAAGGGAUGAUAAUAAGAUAAGAGAUAACCCUCAGCUUUUUUCCAUCUUUUUUGUUUUCUAUUUUUAGAAUGGUAUUCGUCGACACACCUUCAACGCCGGUUUUUUCGUUUUCUCGUUUUUAAUGUAUAAAAAUUUUUUUCUGUAGUAGAUUCUUUAUUUCUUUUUUCUUUUUCUUUUUUUAUGUGAUAGGGAUUGAGCUACCCUAAGUUAAGUCCUUCCCCCGCACCCACACCAUCGAUAUGCCCCCAUUGAGAGUCAGAGUCGAUAGUCAACGCCAUCUUCAGUCGUAACGAUAAUAAUUUCCCCCGCGAACGGACGAGUUAUUUUUGAGUGGACGAGAGCAAAGAGGAAUGAGAGUAGAUAGAACGAUAGCCAUCUUAGACAGUCAGUAUAGCCUGAAGAAGAUUCGAAACGCGUCGCUUAUUACAAACUUACUGUGUUCAAUUUAUUUAUUUUUCUGUUCAAUUUUUACAAUAAAAUUAAAAAAUUACAAUAAAAAUCUAUUAUUAACAAGUUUGCUCUCAUUCAUUUACUCAACAUAGCUCCUUUUCUUACCAAAAAAACUUUAAAUUUUCUCUUUUCAUUACUCCUAAAACAAAGCUCAUUUUUCUUUCAUAAAAUUUGAAUUAUAUUCUUUCUUUAUUUCUAAAACUCCAAAAACAAGCUCAUAUCUUUUUCAAACAAACUAACCUUUCAUAUUUAUUUCUUUAUUGCUCCAAAACUUUAUUUUUUCAUAUUUAAUCAAACUAAAACUCUAAAAAGCUCAUUUUUCAUUUAAAUUUAUUUAUUUAUCAUUUAUUUAUUCAAACAUAUAUUUAUUUCUUUAAUUUUUCUCUCAUAGACAUUAUAUUAAUAUUUCUUUCUUACAUUUAUUCACGUAAAACUCUAAAAUAAAGUAGUACUCUUUCUUACUAAAAUAUUUCUAAAAAGGGUGCUUCAUUUUUUCAUUCUUUCAUAACCUCAAACUAAAUUAAAGAUAUUCUUUCAUUUUUUAAUUCAAAAAACAUACAAAAAGCUCUGAAACAAUUUCAAAGCAAAAAAUAAAACAAAAAAACUAAAAUAAAACUAAAACUAAUACAAAAAACAUAAUUUACUUAUAUUUUUCAUAGACUUAUCUAUUUACUUAUUUAUUUAUUUAUUUAAUCAUAUUUUUUGUUCUUCUAUUUAUACGUUACCAUAUUGUUAAUUCGCCAAACAUACUUACCCCACACCCACACCCUCAGAAAGCAUUAAUCAUUAAUAUUAAUGUUAAUGUUUUCAUUAAAAUCAAUGACUUAAUAUUAAUGGUUAAUGCUUUC